AACUGACAACCUUCCCAGAAUACGUGGCCCCGAAAGUGUAUGUGGUUCUGUGUCUUGUUUACAUUUUUUACUAUAUUAUUUCGAUAAAAGUCUGUAAAGAAGCCGUGAUUCGGCUUCAGACAAGAUGAUGAAUCCACAAUAUCCCCCACCAGGUCAGAAUAACAAUGCACCAAGCAAUCCCCUCUACCCUCCUACAUCACAAGAUUAUAAUGGAGUCCAAAAUGCUAAUGUCUACAAUCAAAUGCCACCAGCAAAUGGACCACCAAAGCCAUUUGAUCCAUUGGACAUGUCACACAAAAUGCAAAACAUGAAUCUGAAUGGGCCACAAGGAUUUCCCGGUAUCCCUACAUCUCAGAUGCCACCAGGCCAGCAGCCACCGGGACCAACCUACCCUCCUACCUCUAAUUUCGGCCCUGGACAAAUGCCACCUGGACAAAUGCCGCCUGGACAAAUGCCACCUGGACAAAUGCCACCUGGACAAAUGCCACCUGGACAAAUGCCACCUGGACAAAUGCCUCCAGGACAGAUGCCUCCGGGAAGUUUUCCACCAGGCAGAACACCAGGCAGCGGAGGUCCUCAAUUUCCACCAGCUCAAAAACAAGUACCACCAUCAUCAAUGUCUGGACCUCAAUUCUCAAUGCCACCUUCCAGUCAAACUCCUGAUCAGAGCAGGCAGUUCCAGUCACCAAUGCAGAAUAGGCCACCAAGUCAACCCAAUCAGAUGGGCCAGCCAUUAGUGGGGCCACCACCAUCACAGGGUCAUCAACCAGGCCAGAUGCCUCCUAGUUCUCAACCAGGAAUCCCACAAACAGGCUCUUUAGCAAGGCCUAAUGCUCAAUCAUUAAAACCUGGAAUGCCACCACAACCGGGAGUUCAACCAAGCAUGCAACAACCUGGAUUCCCACAGCAACCUGGUUUGCCAACUCAACCAGGCCAGGGUCCAGGUUUACCUCCUCAAUCAAGAAUGCCACCUCAACCUAGUCAACCUGGCAUGCCUCCUCAGUCUCUGGCGAACCAAAUGCCCCAACAAUUUGGACAGCCUGGACUACCUCCACAGCCCGGUCAGCCUGGUCUACCGCCACAACCUGGACAACUUCCUGGCCAGCAGCCAGGUUUUGCUGUUCAGCAAGGAAUGCCAUCACAAGCUAAUCAACAGGGCAUGCCUCCACAACCUGGUCAGCCUGGUAUGCCUCCACAACCUGGUCAGAUGCCAGGACAACGAGGAUUACCACCUCAGCCUGGCCAGAUGCCUUCUCAGCAGCAACCCGGAAUGCCGCCGCAGCACGGUUUGCCUUCUGGCAUGAAACAUCAAUCUGGUAUGCCUCCACUACCUGGUAUGCCACCACAACCUGUAAUGCCGUCGCAACCAGGAAUGCCGCCACAACACGGUUUGCCAUCUCAACCCGGCAUACCGCCACAGUCUGGUAUGCCGCCACAACCAGGUAUGCCGUCACAACCCGGCAUGCAAUCACAACACGGCUUGCCAUCUCAACCGGGUAUGCCGCCACAACCUGGCAUGCCGCCACAACCUGGCAUGCCGCCACAGCCCGGUAUGCCGUCGUCGCCGCAGGCGCAGUACAACCAGCACCAGCAGAUGUCGGGUCUGCCACACAUGCCGCCGCCGCUGUCGCAACAGAACCAGUACCCCGGGGCCAUCAAUCAGCAACCCGGCUUUCAGCAACCGCCUGCUGCUGGUGGAUACCCUAGUAUGCCGCCGAUGGGUGGUCAGCCGGCGUCGGGCUAUCCGCCACAGUAUCAGCCCCCGUUCCCGGCGCAGCAACCCGCCUACCCCGGACAACAGUUCCAGCAGCAGAAGAGGCUCGACCCCGACCAGAUGCCCAGCCCUAUCCAAGUUAUGGCUGACGACCAGGCGAACCGCGGCGGCGUGUUUGUGACCAACGACAAGGGGCUGGUGCCGCCGCUGGUGACGACGGACUUCACGGUGGAUGAUAAGGGCAACGCCAGCCCGCGCUAUAUCCGCUCCUCCAUGUACGCCGUGCCCGUCACCGCCGAUCUGCUCAAACAGACCGCCAUGCCCUUCUGCCUGGUUAUCGCGCCGAUGGCGGAGCCGGUGGGUCCGGAGCCAGAGCCGCCGCUUCUGGACUUCGCGAUGCUGACGGGCUCGGCCACCAUGGGCCCCGUGCGCUGCAGCCGCUGCAAGGCCUACAUGUGCCCCAACAUGAAGUUCAUCGACGCCGGCCGCCACUUCAAGUGCGCCUUCUGCAAAGCGACUACUGAAGUGCCGAUGGAGUACACGCAGUACGUGAACAGCAUGCAGCAGUACGGGCGUGUGCCGGCCGAGAUGGCGCUAGGGGCUUACGAGAUCGUCGCCACCAAGGAGUACUGCCGGAACAACACGUUGCCGAACCCGCCGGCGAUCGUGUUCGUGAUCGACGUGUCGUACAACGCGGUGAAGAGCGGACUCGUGCACACCGUCUGCGAGAAUAUCAUGGACAUCAUCGAAUCCAUGCCGAGAGACGAACAGACUGGGAAGAGUUGGACGCGCGUCGGAUUCAUCACAUACAGUUCCACAGUUCACUUCUAUAACAUCAAGGGUUCGCUGGCGCAGCCGGUGAUGAUGUCGGUGGGCGACGUGGGUGACAUGUUCGUGCCGCUGCUGGAGGGCUUCCUGGUGCGCGCCGAGGACAGCGGCGCCGUGCUGCAGCAGCUCGUGCAGCAGCUGCCUGCCAUGUUCCAAGACAACAAGGACACUGAGACCAUACUGCUGCCCGCCGUGCAGGCGGGGCUGGAGGCGCUGCGCGCGGCCGAUACGGCGGGUCAGCUGCUGGUGUUCCACACAUCGCUGCCGUCGCUGCCCGCGCCCGGCAAGCUCAACAACCGCGAGGACCGCAAGCUGCUCGCUACUGACAAGGAGAAGCAGAUACUCAGUCCGCAAACGACGGCGUACAACGAGGUGGGGCAGCUGUGCGCGGCGGCCGGCGUGUGCGUGGAGCUGUUCGUGUGCAACAACGCGUACGUGGACGCGGCCACCAUCGGCCAGCUGCCGCGCCUCACGGGGGGGCAGAUACACAAGUACACGUACUUCUCGGCGGAGACGGACGGCGGGCGGCUGGCGGCGGACGUGCGGCGCGUGGUGUCGCGCGGCACGGCCUUCGACGCCGUCAUGCGCGUGCGCACCUCCACCGGCGUGCGCGCCACUGACUUCUACGGACACUUCUUCAUGUCCAACACCACUGACGUCGAACUCGCCGCCAUCGACGCGGACAAGGCGGUGGGCAUCGAGGUGAAGCACGACGACAAGCUGACGGGCGAAGAGGGCGUGUUCGUGCAGGCGGCGCUGCUGUACACGCACCGCAGCGGCCAGCGCCGGCUGCGGGUGCUCAACCUGGCGCUCAGCGUGGCCGCGCAGCUGGCCGACGUGUACCGCGCCAUGGAGCUCGACACCACCGUCAACUUCCUCACCAAGCAGGCGGUGUGGGCGCUGCGCGAGCACGGGCCGCGCGCGGUCCGCGAGGGCCUGUCGGUGCGCUGCGCCAAGUCGCUGGCCGCGUACCGCCGCCACUGCGCCUCGCCCUCCUCCGCGGGCCAGCUGGUGCUGCCAGAGUCCUGCAAGCUGCUGCCGCUCUAUACCUCUUGCAUGCUGCGCUCCGACGCGCUCGCCGGAGGGCCGGACAUCACGUGUGACGACCGCUCGUGCGCCAUGUACCGCGCGCUGACGGCGGACGUGAGCACGUCCGUGGUGUACACGUACCCGCGCCUGCUGGCGCUGCACCGCGCGCCCGACCUCGCGCCCGCGCUGCCGCCGCCGCUGCGGGCCUCCAUCGACAAGAUGAACGACCACGGCGUGUACCUGCUCGAAAACGGCGUGCACAUGUUGAUCUGGGUGGGUGGCGCGGCGCCGGCGGAGUUCGUGCGCGACGUGUUCGGUGUGGCCGCGCCGCACCUCAUCGACACUGCCGUGUGCGAGCUGCCGGCGCUCGACAACCCCGCCAGCGAGGCCGUCCGCCACGUCGUGGACGACGCCAGGACCAGGCACCGGGUUGCCAUGCGGCUGACGGUGAUGCGGCAGCACGACAAGCUGGAGGCGGUGCUGCGGCACUUCCUGGUGGAGGACCGCGGCGGACGGCAGCGCCUCCUACGUCGACUACCUCUGCCACGUGCACAAGGAGAUCCGCGCGCUGCUAUAGCACCUCUACUCCUACUACUAGACGCCGCAAACCGCCCCUGUACUCGCGCCCUUAUUCGCCAUCUGCAUACACGCCGGCCUAACUACACCAACUAUCUAACAGAGGGGUUAAAAAGGCCGCAUCGAAGAAAAUAAUCUAAAAAGCAAUAUUGCAAUUUCACAUUUGCGCAUAUAAAAGUAAGUGCAAACAAAUGUCAAAAAGCAGUAUUGGUUUUUUAGAUGAAUUGCUUCAACCUUUUUAACCCCCCCAGGUAAAGAGAAAAAUGACGCGGCUUUGGCGUUUAUUCUAAAACCUGUGAUCAUUUUCUCUUAAGUCAGACAGUAGACUUGAUUACAGCGUUGUGUUGACGAUCUGGGGGGUUAAAAUGACAUUUGCGUAUAUAAAAGUAAGUGCGCAAUGCAAACAACUGUCAAAUAGCAAUAUUUCUUUCUUAGUUGAAUUGCUUCGAUGUGGCCAUUUUAACCCCCCUGUUUCCUGAAGUGCGCUCGUGCCAUAUGUUUGAUGUUGUAUCGGCGCGGGGAGGUCCCUCGUGAUCGUCCACAGGGUUGUAGGAUUGUACAGGCCACAGGUAGUAUGCAGGUGGAGACGCUUGCGAGCAGGCUGGUGUCUAGUGUCUUAGUGACGUCAUACACGGACCGAAAGCAAUCGAGGACCGUCCUUUUAUAACAGUCAACUCAAAUUAUAAAUUAAGAUAUAAAUUCCUCGUCUGCUCCGCUCAUAUAUCGGCGUAUAUAGUAAUAUAAAAACCUCAUUUAUAAUUGAGAUUAUUAUAUUACGAAGAAUUCGCGGUCCUUGAUUGGUAAAUUUACUGCCAAUUACGAUAAUAUUUGAAUGCUUACGUAAUUAAAUGUCACUGACGUCUAAGAUAUGCAAUAGUAUUGUAAUGAAUGUUGGCUACGAUACUGAGUCGGGUGCGGACAUCGUACAUUAACUACCACUACGCCAAGGCUAAAUUUAACUAACAAGUAUUACUCGCCACGAUGUUUAUGGCAAAUUGCUAGCCUUGGGGUUGUGGUGUAGUGAUGAUGGUAGGUUGUAAAAUAUAUUGCCCACAUUUUGGUACGUCACUUUUGUAAGUGAGCGAGUGGUUAGUAAGAAGAGGCGGGUAGUGGGACGGUGUUGGCAGACGGACCAUAAUGUGGGCACACGCUAGGAUAAACAUUUAGGACCACGUUUCCAUAUUCAUCGUGUUUAAACAUUUUAAGAAGUUUAGUUUUUGUAAAAUAAAGUUAUAAAUGAUUAAUUAUAAUUAUGAAGUGCGACAACUUGUUUAUGUUGUAUUGUUGAGAUAGAUCAGUUAAUUAGAUAUUAUUAUUAUUAUCCAUUAAUAUUGAUUAUUUAGACUGUAUCGGAGUGUAAAUAAAAUAUACUGGCAUUAUUUUCAUUGGUAUUUCUGUUAAAAUAAUGUAUGUUGCAAUAGAUAGUUGCACAGCAGAGGUGUGUCAGCGCACUGCUGCCAGAAACAAUAUCUUCCACUAUAGCGAGCCAAGUGCGAGACUACUAUAUACUUAUAUAUAUAUAUUUGUAGAUAGUUGAUUUAUUAUAAUUAUAAAAUAAAAGUGUAUUCAAUUAUAUCUGUAAGUAAACAGGAAUAAAACUUUUUACACAAA